AUGUCAACAUCAAGUGAUAGGUCGCGUCCUUAUCGUAAGGCGUAUUACUCUUGCAACUUUUGCCGCUCGCGAAAGAUCCGCUGCGACAGGCCGUUGCCCUGUACCAACUGCGCCUCUCGUGGCAGAAGAUGUCUUUUCGGGGCUGAAGAAGACUUGGAACAGCACCAGCAUGAUCGUCUGCAGCAGCCAACAGCUUCUGCUCCCUUGAUGCCGUCGCCAGCAUCGCCUUCACGGCCUGAGAUGGCUAUUACGGGCCAAGACAGUAUACUGGCUGAGAUACGGAGCCUGAGACAGCUGGCAGAAGACCUAGAAAAACGAGUUACGGGCCAGGCUACCACCGUCACAUCCCCUCCACAGCAUAGCAAUGGCACCUCUUCCUCCCUGCCAGAGACAUUUCCUGCUUCGCCUGGUUUCAGCCCGGUGAGCGAGGAGUUGGUCGCCCAGCUCGAACGUGUAUCUAUGGGCCGGGGUUCGUAUGAAUCCGUCGACGGUGACGACAGUUGGGUGUUCAGGGUUGAGCAGAUCCGGGCUAUCCCCCGGGUGCGAAGCUGUUUAUUGCAGCCCAAUCGAUGUAUAUUGCUACCGCGGCACGAUGAGGCUAGAGUGCUGCUUGACAAGUUUAUAAGCCACGUGAGCUACAUUCAUCAUGUCGUUCAUCACCCUUCGCUGCCUGGCGUAAUCGACGAGCUAUACCGGCAGAUCAGCUGUCAAGAGCCCGUCAAACUUGGCCCCGUUGUGUUACUUCUCAGCAUUGUUGCCAGCACGACGUAUAUCUGGGGAUCAAAUGACCCCAUGCACGGGGAGUUUCCCUUCUUGUCUUCCGCUCAGGCUAAUGCGCAAACUUCCUUUUGGAUUAAGGCGACGUAUGAUAUACUCAAUGGAGGGCCGAACGGCCCGCCUGUUGCGCUCGAGACGAUCCAGGGGAUCGUUAUUCUAUCUUUCCUACUUUGUAAUCUCGAAGGCGUCUCACUGCGAUAUCGUUCCCUGAUUUCUACAGGAUUGUUGAUAGGUCGCGAGAUCGGUCUUCAUCGUACCGACCACGAGUCAAAUGUGACUAUUCACAAUACCGUAUCGGUGGAGAUGGGUCGGCCGGCGAGGUACAGUGGCCCAGGAGAGGGCGGAUAUCAAACAAAUCCGCAACAUAUGAGGGUGAAGAAACCGCGCAACAUUAGUGACGUUGACUUAGUUGAUGGCGGAGUCAAUCCAGACUUUCCUAUCACUCAGCUGACCGACAUGUCGUACUUUCUCCAGCGAAUUCGCCUGGCUGAGAUUUCGCGCGGUAUUGUUGACCAGCACAAUGAUUCCCAAGCCACUAGCCUGUCGAGCUAUCAUACCUAUGCCAUAGCUAUGGAUACCCAGCUUGAGCAGAUGAUUCAGGAAACCCCCUCCUUCCUCCGCCUUGACAGUUACGAACGCAAUCCCGACUCCACGUCAAGCACUACCUUCAUCCAAGCCUAUUUACUCAAUUCUAUCCUGCACACCCAGCGAUGCAAACUGCACCUCGGUUACCUCUCAUCCAGACUAAUCAACGACCCAACCUACGCGUCGCGGCGUGAAAAAUGCCUGGAAUCAGCACGUCACAUAAUCCAUGCAGAGGCUCAACUAGAAAGAACUCAACAUCCCUUUGUGCUAAUCCGGUUACGCUUAUCUGGCAUCCUCUAUGGCGUCUUCAUGGCGGGAAUCGUGCUAUUAAUGGAUGCUUGCGUCAAUGCCGGUCUGCGUCGCGGCGAGGAAGCAGCUGAAGCGCUGCGCAUAAUUGAUGCAGCUAAAGGUCAAUCGCUCGCAGCGGCAAACUUAUAUAACUUGUUGAUGCAAGUCCUAGCUAGACAUCGUGCACAGCAGCUCCAACAAGGUCAAUGGGCGCCUGGAUCAUUUCCACUGCAGCCAGGGUUGUCUGCUGUCACUGCCUCAGCUACUCCAGUUAUGGGUUCUAUCAUAGCAUCAACAUCCGGAGGGAGCCUUGAAUCGCUGGCCCCUGUAUUAGACUCUUCUCAAGCCGCCAAUAGAGCUUUAAACGACUGUUUAGUUAGGGAAGAGCCGUUGUCUAUUCCCCCGGAUCGACAGGUUGCUUCAGACGACCCAUCAACGUGGCAUAGUAAUCAACUAACACAAAGCCUAGGUGGGCUAAUGGAUCUCGAUGGCUUCCCAUGGGAUGAUUUACUUUCUGGUAUGGACUCCACUUCGUUUGCCUUUUGA